UCAGUUCUAUAGUUCUUUGUUUGCAAAAUUUUGGUUACAAUAACUAAUUUUGUGAAGUGUACAAGAAAAUCUCAAUUUACAGAUGAAUUUAUAGUUAAAAAAAAUAUUUUUUUUGUGUUAGUAGAGUUAAGAAAAAUGCAGGGCUUAGCUCUUCAAACAUCUAAUUCUAUAGCAUCAAGUUAUGGGAAAAGAAAGAUUUCAUUUUUGAAUGUGGUGGAUUCUUUGCCUAGCAAACCAUCAAUACCCAUAAGGACAAUUUUGCCUAGUUCAUCUGCAUAUUCAUCUUUAUUAAGAUGUACAGGGCUGCCUAAGUUGCGCCAAAGGCAUAGCAGAAUUAUUCCAUAUGCAUCUAAUGUUGGUGUUGGAUCUGGAAGUUUCGAAGAAAGUCAAGGAAAUGAAAGCCAAAAUGAUUCAGUUAAUCAGCCAUCUACUGAUGGUUCAUCGAAGAUUGAGGCACUUCCAAGUCAAAUUCCUUAUCCUCUCUCUAUAGCACUUGUGCUAUGUGGAUGUGCUUUAAUAUUUUCACUGAUUACCUUCACGAAAGGUGGACCUUCAUCACUCGUUGCAGCUUUUUCAAAGUCAGGGUUCACUGCUGCAUUCUCGUUGAUAUUUGUGUCUGAGAUUGGAGACAAGACAUUUUUCAUUGCUGCUCUCUUGGCCAUGCAAUAUAAGAGAAUACUGGUCCUUUUGGGAUCGAUGGGCGCUCUUUCACUUAUGACAGUCUUCUCUGUCAUAAUAGGACGGGUCUUUCAUUCAGUACCUGCUCAGUUUCAAACAACCUUGCCUAUUGGAGAAUAUGCGGCUGUUGCUCUCUUGUUCUUUUUUGGGCUCAAAUCAAUUAAAGAUGCAUGGGAUCUUCCAAGCAACGAUGUUGAGACUGGUGAAAAGGGUAGUCAGGAACUUGAUGAAUUUGCAGAAGCCGAGGAGCUUGUGAAGGAAAAGGCAUCGAAACGGCUCACAAAUCCACUGGAGAUUUUGUGGAAGUCUUUUAGCCUUGUAUUUUUCGCUGAAUGGGGUGAUCGAUCAAUGCUUGCUACAAUAGCGCUUGGUGCAGCUCAGUCUCCAUGGGGCGUGGCAAGUGGUGCCAUUGCUGGACACCUGGUUGCUACAUCUCUUGCAAUACUAGGAGGAGGGUUUCUUGCCAAUUACAUUUCGGAGAAACUGGUUGGUUACUUGGGUGGAGUCCUAUUUCUAAUAUUUGCUGUUGCCACUUUCUUUGGAGUCUUUUAACCAAGUUUCAUAGAAGAGAAGACAAAAUCGAGAAAUUCUAAGAAGCCUAUUAAGACCGGAUAGAUACUCGAGAAAACGCUAGUAGUAGAUGGCAGGAAAUUCCUGAUGUACCACAGAUCAGUAACAUGUUCAUGUUUUGGCAUAAAGCACCACAUUCUUGUACUGUAGGAUAAGUAGAAGAAACUAUAUUAGUGGUCCUUAGGCAAGCAAUCCUAUGGCCUCCAUCAGAAAAUUUUACUGACAAUUGAUGCCUUACCAUGAUUGUUGUACAAGUUUUGUAUGAGUAUGUGAAAGAAUCAAGAUUUCUGUUCUUUCUGUUGUAAUAAGUUCUAUCGGUUAAAAUUAAGAGAGACAAGAAGUUA